AUGACGAAGUUUUUAAGUGUUUUCCUCUUUAUUCUGCCAGUUGCAUUAGCUUGGUGGCGUCCAUCAGCUCAUCAAACAUGGCAAUGGCAAUUAGAUAAUAGCAUAGAUACUAGUCUUAAUGUACAGGUUUAUGAUGUUGACCUAUUUGAUGUCAAAAGUAGUGACAUACAUGCUAUAAAAAGUCAUGGUCGUAAAUUAGUUUGCUACUUUUCGGCUGGCUCUUAUGAAAAUUGGCGCCCGGAUGCCAACCAGUUCCCGGCAUCUACAUUAGGCAAUAAACUUGAAGGAUGGGACGAAAGAUGGCUUGAUAUUCGAAAAGAUAGUGUGAAGCAAAUUAUGGAAGCCCGACUCACCAAAGCUGUACAACUUGGUUGCGAUGGCGUUGAACCCGACAAUGUUGAUGGUUAUUCAAACAAAAAUGGUUUAGGUCUCACAAGUAAUGAUCAGAAGCAGUUUAACAUUUGGCUUGCUCAAACUGCUCAUUCCAAGGGUUUGUCUGUUGGUCUGAAGAACGCUGUAGAUCUGAUCAAAGAUUUAGAACCUUAUUUUGAUUGGGCCCUGAAUGAAGAAUGUGUUGAAUACGAUGAAUGUAAUAAAUAUAAACCAUUUAUUGACCACAGCAAGCCAGUGUUCCAUGUAGAAUAUGUUGACCAUCACAGUCAAGGAAGCAGCAAAAAGAAUCACGUUUGUAGAAGUUCUGGUCGUCCUCACCAAUUCAAUACGUUAAUUAAAGAUUGGGAUUUGACGUCAUGGAGAUUGACCUGUUAA